AUGGCCGCUGCCUAUGUGUUUAUCCAAAGGAGAAGGAGACUCCGUAGAGAACGCGUCCUCAGGGACUACAACAAUCCUCUGGACUACCUAGACGAUGAAAGCAUUGUGAGUAAAUACAGAUUAACUCGACCAAUGAUACACAAUCUAUGUGCUAUGUUUGAAAGAGACCUUCACCGGCCAACAAUGAGGUCACGUUCACUUCCAGUAUCCCUUCAAAUAAUGGUAGCUCUACUUUUUUACGCCAGUGGUAGUUUUCAAGAGGUUGUAGCAGAUAUUCACAAUAUUUCUCGGCAAAGCACAGGGAAUGCAAUAGAAGAUGUUACAAACUGUUUGAUUGAAAUUUCCAAACAUAACAUUAAAAUGCCAGUUGAUGUAGUAGAGUUGAACAAAAUAAAGAAAGACUUUUAUGAAAUUGCUCAUUUUCCAAACACUGUUGGGGCAAUAGAUUGUACUCAUAUUAGAAUGAAAGCACCAACCACCGACGAACACUUACUAUAUGUAUAG